AUGUUGAUUUCAAUAAUUUGUUCUGUUUAUCUGGAAACUUAUAGGAGUACAUUGUUAGUGAAAGGAAAUAACUGGCUAGAAAAGGAAGAUUUUAACGAUAUUGAUCGAGUCAAUAUUAAAACAAUAAUGAUUCGCGAUGGUAUUUCAAUAAUCAAAGAUCACGUGUUCGAAGGAUUCGUAAAUCUCGAAGAAAUAUAUCUACCAUCUACUAUAGAGCAAUAUGAUCCAACAGCAUUUGAUGAUUGUCCAAAUUUACGAAAUGUUCGUUGGCCAGGUGAUGAAAAAGAUGUAGAAAAUGACAAAGAAGUAGAAAUACCAGAAAGCAUUCAACCAGCAAUACCAAUGGUCCCUUGGACUGUAGCUAUUAUACUUUUAGUUGUUUUAAUAUUUGUAAUAUCAUAUUUAGGUGAUGAGAUCAAAGCAAAGGAUGAGAUAAUAGCGGAGUUGCGUAGCCGUGAAAUAUCAUCAGAAAAAGUUGAAACAAAAAAUGCCGAGGAAUUAAUUAGGAUUCUUAAAACUCUUGAUGCAGAUAAAGAAACAAUUGAAUUAGCCCAAUCUAUUAGAGAUCGUCUCGCUCGUUUGGACUAA